UGGUCACGACCGGCAUCCGAUCGCGAUGGGAAGAGGCAAGCCCAUCCGAGGGUGGUAUCGCGGGGCGGUGUUCAGUAGUCUAUUGGCGUCAUCGAUAAAAACCCCAGGUCUGAGUUCCCUUCUCCUUUCUCUCGUAUUUGAAUUCCAAAGAAGGGUUUGUUGAAUUAUUCCUGGCUUUUGUUUCGUCGAUGGUCGAAAUCAUUAAUUGGAUCACCAGUAACAAAGCUUAGCCUCAAAUCGAGAAGGUUUUCUGGUUUCGGGGGAAGCGAACGAUCGAAUGAGGGUUUAUGGUUGGUUCUUGGCUUCAUAGAGCGGUAGUUCUGAUAUAUUAUUUAUUUUGAACUGAGAAAGACGGGGUUGUACUUCGUCUGGGGAUCGAAAAUAGGAACUUCUCUCAAGGAUCGUUCUUGUUUGGUUUGCUGAAGUUUUGUAUGGCAAGUUGAUCUCCAUUUUUUUUUUUCAUCUUUCACUUUUCUAAGAAUAUAAAAAAUUUGCCUUUGAAAACAGAAGCAAUAAAUCCAUCAUUGUAUGGUUGCAAGGAGGGAAAAGAAGUGGAUGUCAUCUUGCAUUCUUGAAUAUUUGAGCGCUUGAUAAAGAUUGAUUCGUUCUUGAAUACUUGUGCCAACUUAUCUAGUAAUGAUGCUAUCGAAGCUGUAAAUUAUUUGGUUGCAAGGAAUUUAGCAAAGGGAGGGCCAUUGUUAGACUGAAUGUUGGCAUCGGGGAGGGGUGUAGAGAUGAACUCCACAAUGGAUGAGAUCAAUCUCCUUCGCCAGGCCCAGCGCCAUCAUCUGGUGGUGAGGGGGAUGGGGGAGGAAAUUGAUUUAGAGAUAGGGCCUGGUGAUGAUGACCCUUCAUUUUCCAGCACCACUCUUGUUGGUGUACACACACAAGAAUCUGCUGCUCCCGGAGAGCAAGAAGACCACAAGCAGCUUCUUUUGGCCUCUCAGGCACCUGAUGAAGGGCAGCAGGAGCUUGUGAAGCUGCCACAGCCAAAGAGAAAGAAGAAGGUGGUGAAAAAGUGGAGGGAGGAGUGGGCGGAUACCUAUAAGUGGGCUUAUGUUGAUUCUGUCGAUGGCAUGAAUAGGAUAUUUUGUUCUGUUUGUAGAGAGUAUGGGAGGAAGCACAGGAGGAAUCCAUAUGGAAAUGAGGGAAGUAGAAAUAUGCAGAUGAGUGCAUUGGAAGAACAUAAUAAUAGCUUGCUCCACAAGGAAGCUCUUCGGCUUCAAAUGGCAUCCAAGGACAAGGGUCUGCCUGCUGUCGAGAGACCUGUCUAUGUAAAAGCAUUAAUGUCAAAGAGUGCUGGGUCGAUUCUUGAAUCCAUUUUGAGAAGGGAUCCUCAUGAAGUUGAGUUUAUACAGUAUGUACAAGAUGUGGUUCAUUCUUUAGAUCCUGUGCUGGAGAAGAACUCUCAGUACAUUCACAUCUUGGAGCGCUUGUUAGAACCUGAGCGAGCAAUAGUCUUCAGAGUGCCAUGGGUUGAUGACAGGGGAGAGAUGCAUGUGAACCGUGGCUUUCGCGUGCAAUUCAGCCAGGUGCUGGGCCCAUGCAGGGGUGGCCUUCGUUUUCAUCCAUCCAUGAACUUAAGCAUUGCCAAGUUUUUAGGUUUUGAGCAGACUAUGAAGAAUGCUCUAUCACCAUAUAAACUUGGAGGAGCUGCAGGAGGGAGUGAUUUUGAUGCAAAAGGAAAAAGUGAGAGUGAGAUAAUGCGUUUUUGUCAAAGCUUUAUAAACGAGCUAUAUCGAUAUUUGGGGCCUGAUCAGGAUCUUCCUGCAGAAGAUAUGGGUGUUGGUCCAAGGGAAAUGGGUUACCUCUUUGGGCAAUAUAGACGCAUUGUUGGUCACUUUCAGGGAAGUUUUACAGGACCAAAGAUCUUCUGGUCAGGUUCUAGUCUUCGAACUGAAGCUACUGGAUAUGGACUGGUUUUCUUUGCACGCCUUAUUCUUGCAGACAUGAACAAGGAACUCAAAGGAUUAAGAUGUGUAGUUAGUGGUGCUGGGAAAAUAGCAAUGCAUGUACUGGAGAAGCUUCUAUCAUGUGGUGCCAUCCCAAUCACUAUAUCAGAUUCCAAGGGCUAUCUAUUAGAUGAAGAUGGAUUUGAUUAUGUAAAAUUUUCACUGCUUAGGGACAUCAAGGCUCAACAAAGAAGUUUGAGAGACUAUUUGAAAUCAUAUGCACGGGCUAAGUAUGUUGAGGAUGCAAAGCCUUGGAACGAACAGUGUGAUAUUGCAUUCCCCUGUGCUUCACAAAAUGAAAUAGACCAAUCUGAUGCCAUUGCUUUAGUUAAUUCCGGUUGCCGCAUAGUGAUCGAAGGUUCAAAUAUGCCCUGUACCCCUCAAGCAAUUGAUGUUCUGAGAAAGGCCAAAGUUCUGGUUGCUCCAGCAAAGGCAGCAAGUGCUGGUGGGCAGGUUGCUGUUGGAGAACUUGAACUUAAUCAUGAAUACAAUUUAAUGCAGUGGUCAGCUGAGGAUUUUGAGACUAAAUUACAGGAUACAAUGAAGCAGACAUAUGAGAGAUCACUUAAAGCUGCAAAUGAUAAUGAACUUCCAAAAGACAACCCAGAUUCCUGCUUGUCCAGGUCCCCACUGAGCUUCUAGUUUUGUUGCAGAGUUUUGGUUCAUGGGGGAAACAUCUGUGCGUUCCUUAAUCUUGCUCAGGCUAUGAUCGACCAAGGCUGCACGUGAUUCAAGGUUCAGAAGAUCUUAUAGUCAUCAAAUGGGAUUAUCAAGUGGAGCAUUCAGCCUCAGAGGAGCAGGCAUAUAUGCUAAGCAUGUAAAAUACUCCACCGGGUAUUCAGCGCGCACAGGUGAAAUCCUGUGUCACUCCACGUUGCUGAAAGUCUUCGUUUCAGCUUAACGGAAUGGAAGAUGCUGCAAUAAGUGGCUAAGACUGUUGUAACAUAGACAUAAAUGUGUGGUAGAUUUGGUGGAAAAAAAAAUCAUUGAGAGAUCUGUUGCUGUCAGUGUAUGCAACAAUCCAAUUCACAUAUUCACUAUUGUGAAAAUGUAAAGGUGAUUAAGAAUAAAGUACAUUAUUCUUUACCGAUCUCAAA